AUGCAGCAAAGAGCGGAAUCUAAGCGAUCCGAAGAGCCCCAACUCCGCCUAGAGCUGUACAAUCCUCAGCCCGUCUUGGAGAAAGGAAAGCAGCGAGGAGACUGGGAGGAACAACUUUCCCUCCGAGUGCUCUCCCCGUCCGUCUGUGUCUUUCCCCGAGACCCUGCAGGGAUCUCCGAGGGAAGGAAGGCGCUGGGAGUCUGCGCCCCGGGCUCGUGGGUGCCGGCGUCGGAGGAAGGGGCGCGGAGGUCCGUGCCAGCCGCGGGGUCUGGCCAGCCCACCUCGCGUGCUCGCUCUGCACCCCUAGAGGGAGAGCUGGGCAGCUCCUGCAGGCGCAGAUCCCGCCGCCGAGCAGUGCGGAGCGCCCGGGAGGUGGCGGCUGCUUCUCGCAACUUCAAAUCCCGGGGCCCGCACCCGCGGCGGCGAGGAGGGCAGGGUCAACCCCCUGCCACUCCUCAUCGCGCCAGCCUGAGACCUGUGGCGGGGACCAGCGGGGCACCCCUGGACGCCCCUGCCCAGAGCUGGAGGGCGAGGAGGGGAAAGCCGGGCUGGAGUGGGAGCCGCGUCGCGAAGCCGGGCGAGGGGCGGCAGUGUCGCUGUGGUCUCCCGGGUGCCCUCUGCGCGCCGCGGAGGCUUCAUUGUUUCCCGAGAUUUGGUGCCUGUUCCUCUGGGGCAGAGGGAACACCGGAGGGUGGGAGGUGCUGCGCCUUCCAAGCUAGGGGGCAAUCGCCGCCCGACCCCGCCCAACCUUGUCUGAGAGCCCAGGUGCUAGGGAGGGGUGUGGAAAUCAGGGGUCGGGCGGCCCCCGUUUCUCUGUGCAUCCGGAGGGAGGGAAAGAGUGGCGGGGGAGGGGUGCUCUUGGCUGCGCCCUCACAGUGCCCGCUCCCGGCCACAGGCAACGUGCACGCCGGCCCUGGAGCUCCUGCCACCCUCACUUCCCACAGCGGCGCGUGCCCCCAGCCCGCUGGAUGCCCCCCAGGCCCAUCCCCGAGGGUUUUCCGAGAACUGCUGCAGGAAGCGUAUGCAGAUGCGAAAAGCAAGGACAUUUCUGGGAACAAACAGGUUGCAGUCACCGAUCAGGCCCCGGAGAAGGCAGAGACAGGGUUUCACCAUAUUGCCCAGGCUGGUCUCAAACUCCUGAGCUCAGGCAAUCCGUCUGCCUCAGGCUCCCAAAGUGCCGGGAUUACAGGCAUGAGCCACCAUGCCCAGCGAUGUGACUUUUUCUUCCUUGCCUUCUGCCAUGAUUUUGAGGCCUCCCAAGCCACAUGGAACUUAAGAAGAUACCUGGCUUUCAGAAAGGAAGAGAGAAGAGAGAGGAAAGAAGAGAAGAAAAGAAAGCUGACAGUGCCAGUGUAUCUGCAUAUUUUCUAUUUUGUCUUGACAACGUAUGCUGAUUAUAGAACUUCUUAAAAGGUCAUUUGAUAAAGUGAAAUAAAUGACUUGGAAAAAAUAAUCCUAAGGGAAAAUUGUUUUGAACAAUUAAAUUGUAAUAAAAAUAAGUUA